UACAUUUCUUUAUUUACUUUCGGAAUUUAGAGUAUUUAAAUAAUUUAUUUAUUCAUUUCCCUUCUGGGUCUUUAGGUUUGAAGAGUCUGAAAUUUAGGUUGGAGAUUUUGAGCUUGUUAUUUUGUUGUGUCUUGGGAUUCUUUGGUUCGUUUGAUUUCCGUUUUUUUUUGUUUUUUCCUUUAUGCAAAUUAAAUUCUAAAAGUAGAAAUUUUAUGAAGUUUCUAAUUUCUAAGAAGGGUACUGUUACACUUCUAGCUAUGAAAUUAUGCGUGUGGUUGAAUAGUGAACAAGGUUAAAGAUGAUGGAAAUAAAGGGGGAAUAGAAAAAAAGAAUAACAAUCCAGAAUGGAAUUAAACCUUUGGAGGAACUAAAAUUAGAAACAUAAAAGGAAGGAGCUAGAUUUUAUGGAGUUUAUAUAAUCUUGAGUUUAUUAUAAGUUUGGUUGUUGGCUCUUUGUGGUUGGUUCUCAUGUAGGAGGCUCUUUUUAUUGGAAUGUUUUGGUUCGUUUGUGGCUGCAUAACAAGUAGUUUAGUUUUAUACAAUGAAAGAGAAUGUUGCUUUGGUUUUUACCUUUUUGAUUAAGACUAGGGCUUGAGUUUGCUGGAAAGAUUGGGGAUACACAUUGAAUCAGCCUAUAAUGUUUUUGACUAAAUGCAUGUGAAUUGGUUUAUUAGAGUAUGAGAUGCUGAUACAUAACUAAAAAGUUUCCUUGCUAUUAGAUUUUAAGUAUUUCCACAGCUAUAAAUAAAUAUAUAGAUACUAAAAGAGGAAGCAGAAAUGGGGAAAGAGUUCAUAACUAAAUUUUCAGUUACCUUUGACUAGGAGGAUUUUGUUUUACUAGUUACAUGAUCACCAAGGGAGGAAGAUUUGGCGGAUAAAUUUGUACAACGAUAUGGAGGUUAUUUCUGGGGUGUGGUUAACAUCCAUAUAUAUUUCAUUUGAGGAAGGAGAAUGAUCCAUUAACAUCACACAGGUCACAGGGUCGCUGGCAAUUUACUUGUCUGCAGAAUGAAUGCAUUCAUUCUAAGUAUGAUAGAUAAUAUGGUUGUUAACGUUGUUGGGGGAUAUGCUACCCUUUUGCAUUUGAAAUUUAGACUGUUAGAAGUUUGUGUAGGCCUAUUGAGGCCCAUUUCUAAAAUUUAAUGUCAGUACUUGCCUAAUGUUUAUUGUUCUUUUCAUGUGGUCAUUACUUUCUAAGCUCAGUCAGUCAAAUAUUCAACUUAAGGUAGCAUUUUCUUCUUUGAUACAUCUUGACUUUUCAUGAUCCCUAAACCAUCUUUUGAAGGGUUAUGAAUGGUGUCCGAUUAUCUUCAGCGUGGGGAGGGUUUGAUCUCACUUAUUUGAAUAUCUGUCUCAUUGUACUCUAUAUAGAAGUGUAAAACUUACAAUAGUUUGCUCAUGUACAGUGAUAAAUUUUGAGGUUUCAACUCUUGGAGGAUAUAAGGUGUUUUAUGUUUCCUGAUGAUUGGUUUGCUAUAAUCUGCAAGGCAUUUUAGAUAACCAGGUUCUUAUUUUUCAAAAGGGGAAAGUAAAUGGUUUACAUUGCUAUAUUUAUUUAGGUACUAUUGUUAUGAAAUCAUUCAGCCAAAGGCUUCUAUUGUCUUCAUUGUGGGUUAUCUUUACAUUUUUUUAUGGUAAACUAAGUUUGAGUGGAUGCUAGAGUUGAAAGCAUAGUGUAUGCCGAGUGGAUCUGAAUAUUCCCCUUAAGAUAAUGGAUUCUGGCAUCAGCACUGUUGACACAAAUGUAGAGCCACACCUGGAUUUGGAAUUUGAAUCACAUGAAGCAGCCUACUCAUAUUACAAAGAAUAUGCCAAGUCUGUGGGCUUUGGCACUGCUAAAUUAAGCAGUCGUCGGUCCAGGGUGUCCAAGGAAUUUAUUGAUGCUAAAUUUACAUGCAUAAGAUAUGGAAAUAAGCAACAGUCUGAUGAUGCCAUUAAUCCUCGGCCUUCUCCCAAAAUUGGUUGUAAAGCAAGCAUGCAUGUGAAGAGAAGGCAGGAUGGAAAGUGGUAUGUUUAUAGUUUCAUAAAGGACCAUAAUCAUGAACUUUUGCCUGCCCAAGCACAUUUUUUUCGAAGCCACAGAAAUGUUGAUCCAUUUAAGAAUGAUGUUGGAAGGAGGCGGAAGAAUCUUGCUGCAGUUUCUAAACUAUUUAGUGCCUACAAAAAUGUUGACUUUUUGGAAGGUUAUAUGAGAAACAAGCAUGAUAAGGGGCGGCGUUUGGCUUUAGAAGAGGGAGAUGCUCAAGUACUUCUUGAACUUUUUAUGCAUAUGCAGGAAGAAAACCCAAAAUUUUUCUAUGCAGUUGAUUUGAAUGAAGAGCAUCAGUUGAGAAAUGUAUUUUGGGUUGAUGCCAAAGGCAUGGAAGAUUUCAGUAAGUUCGAUGAUGUUGUGUCUUUUGACAGUACAUAUUUCACGAACAAGUAUAAAAUACCUUUGGUACUCUUUAUUGGAGUCAACCAUCAUAUUCAACCCACAUUGUUUGGUUGUGCAUUAAUUGCGGAUGAAACAGUUUAUACUUUUCUUUGGCUGAUGCAAACAUGGUUUAUAGCAAUGGGGGAGCGGGCUCCACGAGUGAUGCUCACUGAUCAAAACAAUGCCAUAAAAGCAGCUGUGGCAUCUGUGUUUCCUAGUACACGUCAUUGUUUCUGUUUAUGGCAUGUGUUGGAAAAACUUCCUAGGCAUCUUGAAUAUUUGAGCUUGUGGCAUGAUAGUCUAAUGCUAAAACUUGAUAAAUGUAUUUAUCGGUCUUGGACUGAAGAGCAAUUUGAAAAAAGGUGGUGGAAGAUGGUUGACAAAUUUCAUCUUAGAGAAAUGCAGUGGAUUCAGUCUUUGUAUGAAGAUCGCAAACAGUGGGUUCCUGCCUUUAUGAGAGAUAUAUCUUUUGCUGGAUUAUCUACAGCUUUACGCUCAGACAGUUUGAGUUCUUCAUUUGACAAAUACGUGCAUGGAGAAACAUCAUUGAGGGACUUUAUAGAACAGUAUAGAGUAAUUCUUGAGGACAAGUAUGAAGAGGAAGCCAAAGCUGAUUUUAAUGCAUGGCAUGAGACUCCUGAGUUGAAGUCUCCAUCACCUUUUGAGAAACAAAUGUCACUUGUAUAUACACAUGAAGUUUUCAAGAAAUUCCAAGUUGAGGUUUUGGGAGCUGCUGCAUGUCAUCUUAAAAAGGAAAAUGAAGAUCAUGUGUCGAUGACAUAUAGUGUCAAGGACUUUGAAGAUAAUCAAAAUUAUAUGGUGGGAUGUAAUGAAUCUAAAUCAGAUAUAUAUUGCUCAUGCCGCUCUUUUGAAUACAAGGGCUACCUUUGUAGACAUGCUAUUGUUGUGCUCCAGAUGUCUGGUGUGUUCAACAUCCCAUCAAAAUAUAUUUUGCAACGGUGGACUAAUGCUGCCUUGAGCAGGCAUCCAAUCAGUCAGAAAUUGGAUGAGGUACAAUCUAAGGUCCGUCGUUACAGUGAUUUGUGUAGACGUGCCAUAAUAUUAAGUGAAGAAGGUUCGCUUUCUCAAGAGAGCUAUAAUCUUGCACUAUCUGCCAUAAAAGAAGCUCUCAAGCAAUGUGUAAGUAUCAAUAAUUUGGUUGAGAAUGAUGUCGGACCUAAUACCUCGGUGAUUCAUACUGAUUCUGGUGUUGAAGGACUCAAUCAAUGUGUAAAUGCUCCUGAAGAAAAAGCUCUAGAUGCUAGAAUGGCAAAUACAAUCAAGACUUCUCAAAGUGUUGAGGCUGCGUUGGAGAGGCAAAUUGAUGAGAAUAGUGCAACUAGAAAAGGAAAGCAGGUAUUUCUUGCGGGAGCUGCCAAUGAUGGGUCACAAGAUGGCUUUCAUCAAAUGGAGCUGUCGGGCAUCAGGCCUACACCAGUGCAUAAUGUGAUGCCAUCACAAAUGCAUAAUAUGGUGCCAACUAUGCUUACAAAUGUUGCAUCAACACAUUUUCAUAAUGUGGCUGCUACACGUUUGCAUGACAACCGACUCCAUCGGUAACUUAUAUUUUACCUCCAUUUUUGUAAAGAACGUGUAAAGAUAAGCUACUUUAGGGUUUUAGGAAGCGCAGUUUAUCUUUUUGCAAUUGCCUUGACCUCACUACAAGGUAUGAUAUGGCUGACUAAAUUCUCUUGUUUCUGCCUCUGAUGAGCCUUUUACACAUUUAUGUUAGCCUGCUAAUUUUAUUCCUCCCUCUUCAUGUCUCUCACAUGUUAACAUAGUUUGUGAUGGACAAGUGUUGUGUUUUGUCGAUCUGGAUACAGAUUUUUGGCAAGACAAGUAAUUUAUUGUGUGUUGGAGAAUUGCCUGCCAGAGAGCUGCAUUUUUUUUUUUUUUUAUUUUGCAUUUGUGUGUCACUGUGCUUACCAGUAAUUUUUUUCUGUUUGACAUUGAUGACUGACAUAGAUUGUUGCAGUGCGGCAAAUGACCCUCAAAUAUUGUUUUGGGUGUGGUUUCUGGUUUCAUCUGGGCAUUUUAUGGGUAACAGAAGGUUUUAAACUGGAUGGACUAUUCUAAUAUAUAUUCCAAAUAUACAUAUUUUGAGUAAAACAUAGUAAAGUUUUUAUUAUUUGAUUUGUGUAACUCAGUGAACCAAACUGCACAAAUCAAUAGAUUGAUGAUAUUUGCAGAACCUAGCGGCAAAAUCACCAGAAUUUAGAGUCAGUUCGUUUGUUUGGUCCUAGUAAAUUAGUUGAAUCGAGUGGUUUCCAACAGUCAAGAGUGAAGUCAAAUCAAUCCUCUUUGUUUCAAAGCUUGUACAUUAUUGCACUGAAUCCAGUAGCUGCUUUGUGUUUCAUGUGUUGAGUCAAAAUCCAGGCUGUUUCAUGUUCUCUAUCUAAAUAUUGAUGGGGAAAUGGCCCACUUGCAGCAAUAAAAAAGUAGAUAUCUCAAUUCAUGUAUUUUUAUCAUGUAAAACACUACAGUUCAUGUAUUGUAUUGUGUUUAACAUGAAAAUCGUAUGUUAUAAUUCAUAUUGAUACAAAAAACAUGAAAUAUUUUUUAUUUUUGUUAAAUUCAUAUAUGGCUUUUGCAAAAAAUUUAAAUUGUGUUGCUUAUGUGUUUUUUUGUAUCCUUUUUCUAUUAUGUCAUUAUGUCUUUUGCGGUAUGUCAUUUUGUCGUGUUUUGAAAUAUUAGGUUUAGAAAAAGGUUAACCAAACAGCCCUAUAAUUUCCAUAGUUUGGAUCAGGGGUUGGACAAUGAGGUCCAUGUACGAGACGUAGAUGGUGUAAAUUAAUUAAUAUCAAUGUAUAUUUUUGUGAAUUGAAGAGUGCAGUGGCUUUGUCAUCAGCUGGCAACCUUUAUUGGUUCAUGAAUCCUGCAAAAAUUCAGGAGAAAAUAGACAAAUUUUGAAAUAAUCAAGCAUU